CAAGUUUCUCCCUUCAUUAGCUCAAAGAACAACUCUUCUGAGGAGCUUGAUCAGACAAAAUGCCGUCUUCGAAUGGACCGAUAACCAUGCAAAAGAAUGGAAAGAACUGUGUGACUACCUUAGCACACAACCCUUGUUGUCGGUAUUCGAUCCGGCCAAAGCAACCAAAGUGUCUUGUGAUGCAUCCCGAGACGGAAUCGGUGCCGCUUUGUUGCAGUGUCACAACGACACAUGGAAGCCCGUGGCCUAUGCAUCGCAAGCACUUACCGAAACACAACAGCGUUAUUCUCAAAUUGAAAAAGAGGCCAUGGCCGUGGUAUUUGGCUGCGAAAGAUUUAAUCACUUCGUCUACGGUCGCCAAUUUACUGCUGAAACAGACCACCGCCCUUUGAUCGCCAUCUCCCAGAAGGCCAUUGGGGACAUGCCUCCGAGGUUGCAAAGAUUUUUUCUGAGAUUGCUGCGUUAUGACGUGCAAUUAAAAUUUGUUCCAGGUAAGCAGCUCCUCCUGGCUGACAUGCUGUCGCGUGCCACAACCAAGACAACGGCCUCCGACCUCGACAGCAACGAUGUAGAGGUACAUGCCGACCACUCCACUCGAGUGUGGUGCAUCGCCCGCUGAGCUGCUGAUGGGACGACGGCUCCGCACAACAAUUCCCGACGUUCGAGGCAACCCCAGUCACAAGGUGCUCCGGCGCCUUCAGACAGACCACUCUAGGGGACCAAUGGCGCGCCUGAGCCCGGGAGAUACGGUCCGAAUCAAGAAAGGUGCAUGGGCGACAAAAGCGAAAGUUCUCAAGCCUGCUGGUCACCCCAGGUCGUAUACAGUCGUCACAGAAAACGGCACGGUGUUGAGGCGCAACCGGCAGCACCUGCUACUGACCCGCGAGCCAUUCCGACGCAACGACCAGGAAGACGACGAUGAUGACUUCGAGGGCAACUCGGGCCAAAGAAACGGGUUGGCACCUCCGACUAUUCCAACGGAGCCUGGUGCCCAAAUAAGUGUCUCGUCCACACCAGCCCCAAGGAGGUCGCUCAGACAACGUCGACCGCUUCAACGUCUGGCCUACGACCAGAACUUCGCGCAAGUGCCUUGAACUAAAUUGCAUGACAAUUUUCAUUAAUGAUCUUUUUCCUUUUGUUUUGUUUUGAAUGGGGGAAGAUGUAUCGUAUGUUGGGCGCCGAGCGCUACACGUGUACCACGCAAGCGCAUCGCAUGUCAAACCGCAAGCGUCAUGUAUUAGGAUUACUUAUCUGUUAUCGGCAGAAAGACAACGCCCCCUUUGAGAUCCUAUAUAUGUACGAGUGUUCAAUAAACCGUGGUUGUUUUCCCCACUGCCUCGACGCGACAUGUCUGGCUUCUUGGACGCAAC